CGUGGCGUCGGCUCUCGGAGUAAGAGGGUAAAGUGGGGUAUCUGGAAGGCGGAGGGGUCUCGAAGAAAGAGUGGAGAGCGAGAAAUGACUCAGAAGCAUGUCCUCCAGGUUGUGGGGUUCGUGGUGGUGUCUUGUACCCUCUCCUGGCCCUUCCUGACGAGGCGGGCGGCCGUCCCGCACCAUUGAGCUGUGCGUUUCCUACGGGGAGGCGUUGCCCGCGCCCAGGUGUAGAAGUUUAGGGGUCACUCUGGCGUGCGCUGGGUGGGUUCCCUUCCUUCAAGCGCAAGUCACGGGGAACGUGAUUAUUUGGUGAAAGGACACAAGAUCUGGAGACUGGGCUUGCACCCUCCUGUGUUUUGUUUCCCGGGAGCUACAGCUUAAUCUCUUGGCUCGAUCUCAUCUGUAAAACCAGAUGGUCCGGCUCACUAUAUAAUUUUUAAGGCCCCUGUCAGAGCUACCGUUCUGUGAUUCCUGCCUCCAGGAUCUUCUCUUUUAUCGUACUUUUGGAUGGGAAAAGAAAUGUUUUGACUAACGGACAUGUUUUAAACCUAGGUUGGGCACACGGUAGGAUUGACAGUGGGUAGAAUUUGUUUGCAAGUAAGAUUUAUGCUUAUUAGUAUUCCAAAUAGACUCAUUUUAAUUUUGUUAAAAGAUUACAAUAUCUGUAUGUUUUCUUAAUCUUAGCCCUGUGUCUUUCAUAAAUUUAAAUGUUUAGUCUUGACAUUUAAUAUUUCUCCUUGUUUCAGAGGUCACCAGAGUGUAUUAAAGUUGAUGCUUUUGAAUUUUAUGUCACCUUAUCCCUUUUGUUGGCAUUUUUAAGGUCGUCUGCACCUUCUGCCUGGGAAGAUGGUCAACGUCCUGAAAGGAGUUCUUAUAGAAUGGGCCAUCUAUAGAGAAUGUGUCUGGAGAGACAGAAAUCACAGGAAUCAAAAUGACCCUGCCAUGAAGCAGUUUCUGCUGUACUUGGAUGAGUCAAACGCCCUAGGGAAGAAGUUCAUCAUUCAAGACAUUGAUGACACUCACGUCUUUGUAAUAGCAGAGUUGGUUAAUGUCCUUCAGGAGCGAGUAGGUGAAUUAAUGGACCAGAAUGCUUUUUCUCUUACCCAGAAAUGAAACUAUUAGAUAUCGACCACUUAGCAGUUAUAAGUAACAAAUGUGAGAUAUUGUCACUGUUCGGUAUCCUGUGUGAUUGAUUAGACUUAGAGAAUUGCUUAGGAGCAUGCUAUGGGAAAGACUGUGGUAUCAUAUGUUCAGAAAGAAGCCCCUGAACUGAUUUUCUUGUUGUGUUUUUUUCAGUAUAUGUUCCCUAGAAUUAAAAAAAAAAAAGCUUUAACAGUUGGCUGUGAUUUGGCUUUUAUUAUCCUUUAUUAAAAUAUAAAUGUAAGUGGU